UUGUUCCCGAAAAGGCUGGUGCUCGAAUGACCCAGAUGAUUGUUUAUGCGAGGAAUGUAUUUACUACGAAUGGGAAGAAAUAUCCCCCCUGCUCCCUGAGAACCCUCCUCUAUGGGAUGAUAACAGUUAUCCCAGUUUUCUUGGAUAUAAUCAUUACUUACAAGAACCUGAGAUUGAUUGUACACGAGAUAAGAUCAUCAUAGUCUAUUCUGCCGUCAAUAACUUCAAAUACAGGCAAAUGAUUCGAUUAACCUGGGGAGCCCAGAAAUAUUUGGAUAUUGUUAACGCGAGUCUUUUCUUCGUGGUGGGCAGAUAUCCCAACCUCAAGAUAGAAACCAGACUAGAGCAGGAGGCUAGGAGGUAUAAGGAUAUUCUCCAAGGAUCUAUCCUAGAGGAUUAUUUCCUGCUUGGUUUAAAAUCCCUGAGUUGGAUUCAUUGGACAAAACAAAAAUGCAGCAAGGUUCCCUGGAUAGUGAAGACAGAUGAUGAUAUGGUGAAUAAUAUUAUAAAAAUGGGAGAUCUAGUGAAUGCUGUUAAACAUCAAAAGAAUACCAUCACGUGCUCGACGAAGACGGAAAAGGUUCUGCGUGAAAAAACUGGAACAAGAAUUGACAAAUGGGUAAUUCCCUUUGAUGAAUGGGACGAGGAAUACUUCCCCACAAACUGCUGGGGAGUUGUUUAUAUAUUCAGUUCUCAUGUCAGAGAUAAACUUCUAGAGGUUUAUGAAAAGAGCAAUGGUGGAAUAUUCCGAAUAGAUGAUGUGUUUAUCACAGGAAUACUUGCUUCUAUGGCAAAUGUGACACACAGGGAUAUCAGUGACGUCAUAUCCUUCUACGAGGGUUGGGAUGAGGACGUUAUGUUGACCGGAAAUGUUUGGUUUGGACAUAUACCCCCAGAUAAUGAAGCAUUGCACAAACGAAGAUAUUGGCUGUGGAAAAGAAUGGAAAAAAAUUUGUAAAUUGAUUUAAACCAAUAUAAUCAAUUUAGUUGAACACACAGAGGCGUAUACAGGGAAAGUCCUCCUAGAACAGAAACCAAAUGUUAAGCCUCCUUCCCUCUUCUCCUAGAACAGAAACCAAAUGUUAAUCCUCCUUCACUCCCCCUCCUAGAACAGUAAACAAUUGCUAAUCCUCCUUCCCUCCCCCUUCUAGAACAGUAACCAAAUGUUAAGCCUCCUUCCCUCCUUCUCCUGGAACAGUAACCAAAUGUCAAUCCUCCUUCCCUCCCUCUCCUAGAACAGUAACCAAAUGAUGAGCCUACUUCCCUCCCCCUACCGACAAAAAUGGAUAAAUUCAUGUCUACGCCUUAUUUAAAAAACACUCAAUAUUUUACAAAGUAUAGACAGUGCACUGAUUAAGUGUGGUGCAAUCAACGCCACAGAAAUUAUCAUAAAAGCAGCCGAUAGCUGAUUCUCUAAAUUUCAAGUUAUGCAUAAUAGUAAAAUAUUAUACAUUUAGACCCUUACAACUGAAGACGAUAAUUAAUAAAUAGUUUGUUCUUAAAAAGCAAAUAGUUUUACCAUUAUAGCUUGAAAGACUGCACAAUUGCUGUGUUUCUUGUUCAUUGGACUAUUUAACAGUCGUCUUCCUACCCACGGUUUUUUUGGUUCCUCUAUAUUCAAAACUUGCUUAAUGCAAGAAAAUUACGCAAAAUUGAAACAAAUUCAAAAAGAUUAGCUAAAAUUUAUUCAAUAUAAUCGGUGUCCUGACCUAGUUAAUCCUUACAUUUUUUCAAAAACAGCUGUUAAAUUAACAACUUUGUAAAGUACAUAUUUGGUGGUUACAUGUGUAGCUAUAUAGCUAAACAUACACGUAUACAGUUUGUAAUUUUAUCAAAUAAAUAAACAUAAGUUUCUCU